CGGGGCGGUCCCGGCUUUGAUUGGACAGACAGGGGGCGACGCUGUGACGUAUGGGGCUGACAGGCAAGGGCAGGGGCAAGAUGGCGGCUGCCGCAGGGGCACUGAGGAGGCUGGCGCGAUGCGGGCCCCAGCAGGGCCUGGGGCGGCUGCCGCAGCUGCGCCGCGGGAUUCACGGGUCCGCGCCGGCCGCCAUCCAGGUGACUGUCCGUGAUGCGUUAAAUCAGGCAUUAGAUGAGGAGCUGGAGAGGGACGGGAGAGUGUUUUUGUUGGGAGAGGAAGUCGCCCAAUAUGAUGGCGCGUACAAGAUUAGCAGAGGUCUCUGGAAGAAAUAUGGAGACAAGAGAAUAAUAGAUACUCCUAUAUCGGAGAUGGGCUUUACAGGAAUUGCUGUAGGUGCUGCUAUGGCUGGGUUGAGGCCGAUUUGUGAGUUCAUGACCUUCAACUUCUCCAUGCAAGCAAUUGAUCAAGUUAUAAAUUCUGCAGCCAAAACACUCUACAUGUCUGCAGGCGUAGUGCCUGUCCCAGUUGUCUUCAGGGGUCCCAACGGUGCCUCCGCUGGAGUCGGAGCACAGCAUUCACAGUGCUUUGCCGCUUGGUAUGGGCAUUGUCCCGGACUGAAAGUAGUCAGCCCUUGGAGUUCAGAGGAUGCGAAAGGUCUGCUUAAAGCCUCAGUCCGGGAUGACAAUCCAGUUGUAAUGCUGGAAAAUGAAUUGAUGUACGGAGUCCCUUUUGAAAUGUCAGAAGAAGCUCAGUCAAAGGACUUCCUUGUUCCUAUUGGAAAAGCCAAAAUAGAAAGGCAAGGAACCCAUGUUACUUUAGUGUCACACUCCAGAUCUGUUGGACACUGUCUGGAAGCAGCUGCUGUACUUGUCAAAGAAGGUGUGGAGUGUGAGGUGGUAAACCUCCGUACCAUUAGACCAAUGGAUGUGGAAAGUAUAGAAGCCAGUGUUGUGAAGACAAAUCAUCUUAUAACAGUGGAAGGAGGCUGGCCGCAGUUUGGAGUAGGAGCUGAAAUUUGUGCUAAGAUCAUGGAAGGACCUGCCUUUAACUAUUUGGAUGCUCCAGCUGUGCGUCUCACAGGUGCAGAUGUUCCUAUGCCUUAUGCAAAGAUUUUGGAAGACAACUGCUUACCUCAAGUGAAAGAUAUCAUAUUUGCAGUGAAGAAAAUAUUAAAUAUCUAGGUUUUAUAUACCUGGUGCUCUUCCAAAGUGUGUCUCAAGAGCAUUAAUGGAAUGGACUACAAACUCUUACUCAUAACAAUGUUGUAUAGCUCUAUUGAGCUCUUUGUAUUGAGGGAAAAGUUUAGGUGACCUUUUAAAUGUAUUUAUGUAGUUUAAUCUGUGUUUAGUGGGUCACCCGCUCAGCUAAUUUCUUCUACCUAGCUAAGCAGUAAAGCACACUUACAUGUAUGGGUGCCAGACUUAGUCUGUAAAAUGUGAAUCUGUAUUGAAAGCCUUAGGUAUUACAGCAGGUGAAAGGAAAACUAUAUCUAAAUAAGCCUCCCUCUGUGCCAUUUACAAAUGGUAAAAGAAAUAAAGGGUCACCUGUGCUAUGAGUUGCUUCUGUGGAACUUAGAGGUAAAUUGCAAGGGACAAUGAGAGAUGCUGGCUGCAGUACAUUAGUGGUUCUAGUUUAGUGGAGGAAAAGAAUGUGUGUAGAUGGUUCCCCAUCAAAAUCCCAUGCUCUUAGGCAGCUGUAACUAAUGAGCUGCAGGACUCAAGGUGCAGUUUCUUUAAAAAUGCUAAUUUAUUAUGAUGGUGGAGCUGCCAACUCUCUGUGCAAGAUCACUCUCUCAAAAUGCUUGUGCUGUACAGGUGCUUUCUGUGCUUUACUGAUUGUAAAGAGGAAAUAAGUCAGUGGGGACUAUUUUUGUUCAAUCCAAGACAAGCUGCUCAACUAAGUUUAGAGGAAGAUCAGUAUUUAGAGUCUUAACCCUUUUUAGCAGUUUAAAUACUUUGACUAUACUAUCAACAGCAGCACCUGUUUAAAAAACAAGUUUUUAAUCUUAAUUCCUCAUCCAUCCACUCAGUUUCACCACUCAAGUCCUGGUAAAAUAAAACAUCUUUAAAACAAAUAUAUAAUUUGAAUAAAAAAACAGCCCCGAUUAAGAGAUUAGAGAGCUUGAUUGCUAAGUGGUCUUAACUUUAGAAAUAAUGGAAUGCUUGUUUGGAUGUUGUAGUACAGGUUUAAACCACUCCUAACCCAAAUAAGAGUAGAUAGCAAAGGUGCUAUGUUUAAAAAAGGAGGCAAUAGUGAAGUCGUUCUAGAGAAACUAGACAAGUGCUGUUACUUUAAAAGUGCUUCCCUCUAGAACAGUAAGUAAACUUCUGAACAAUGGUUUCGGGAGAAGCUAGUGAUAGCAACAAUGCUGACAGGCUGGGGUGACUAAUUAUCAGUCACUUUCAGAUGCAGUACAAAACAUAUCUUCAUGGAGGGAACUGAAUUAGCCUCACUUACCUACCCAAAGAGCCAAAUUUCUUCCCUUUGCAUGGAAAGUCAGGAAGCUGAUGUAGCACUAGCUUGUCAUUUCAGUACUUAUCACUUAAAUACAGGGUGUAGAAGCUUCUCCUACAUUAGAUUCUCUAUUUUACAGCCUAACUUAUUUUAAAGCAGUGACCCUCAUUCUGACUGGAGGAAUUCCAGUGACAUUUAUUUUAAUAAAAAUAUGACAUCACAGGUUACAUGAAACUUUAUACACAAUGACAUUCUCUGCAUAGUAAACACUGAUGUGUACUUGAAUUUAAAAUGGAUUAUCUAUAAUCCUUUAAAGUGCAAUUUGUUUAAGGUUUUGAGCAAAUCAUAGAAUAAAAGGAUCUUUUCAGUCAGCAUUUUAAAACAAGUGUUCUGCAACUUCCCGAAGAAAAAAAUUUCAUAUGGAUGCAAAAUUUGCCUGUGUGAAAACUUCCCAAUCCAGAACUUAUGUUGAAUAAUCAGUGCCAAUUAACUCCCAUUUUAUUGCCUGAAUUAACAGGCUGUUUCCCCAGCAUAUGUGGUAACUGGAAACAGCUAUACGUUUAGGGUAGUCAUUCCAACAGUACAUUAGUUACAUAUAAGCAUGAGAAGCAUUCAUGCUGCACUGUUGAAUUCUGGAGUACCCUCCAAUGGCAAAUAUGCCAUAGAGACAGAGUUAAAUCUAGUUUCCUCACCAGUGUACUACACUUUGGAUUAAGUGCUUUUUUU